GAGAGGGAGAGGGAGAGAGAGAACGAGAGGGAGAGAGGGAGAGUGAGAAAGGGAGGGAAGCAGAGGCCAAGUCCCAGGGAAUAGAGAGGCGAGAGAUAGGGGAAGCAGCAUGCGAAAGAAGGAAUAACAGCUUUCCGGAGCAGGCGUGCAGUGAACUGGCUUCUAUUUUCUUUUUCUUUUCCUUUUUAUUUUUUUAAAGAGAAGCAGGGGACAGAAGCAAUGGCCGAGGGAGAAGACAAGCCGAGGUGCUGGUGACCCAGGGCGUCCAAGUGGAUUAUUGGGGCUGCUCUCCAGAGGCCUGUCCUCCCUGCCUUCCAAUUGCACAUAACCCCAACCCCAGCCAAUGAAGACGAGAGGCAGCGUGAACAAAGUCAUUUAGAAAGCCCCCGAGGAAGUGUAAACAAAAGAGAAAGCAUGAAUGGAGUGCCUGAGAGACAAGUGUGUCCUGUACUGCCCCCACCUUUAGCUGGGCCAGCAACUGCCCAGCCCUGCCUCUCCCCACCUACUCACUGGUGAUCUGAUUUUUUUUCUUUUAACAUUUUUUUUUUCCUUUUCUUUUCCAUUCUCUUUUCGUAUUCUCCUUCAGGGCAAGACAAGGAUUUUGAUUUUGGGACCCAGCCAUGGUCCUUCUGCUCCUUCUUUAAAAUACCCACUUUCUCCCCAUCGCCAAGCGGCGUUUGGCAAUAUCAGAUAUCCGCUCUAUUUAUUUUUACCUAAGGAAAAACUCCAGCUCCCUUCCCACUCCCAGCUGCCUCGCCACCCCUCCCAGCCCUCCGCUGCCCUCCACCUGGCCUGCUGGGAGUCAGAGCCCAGCGAAACCUGUUUAGACACAUGGACAAGAAUCCCAGCGCUACGAGGCACACAGUCCGCUUCUUCGUCCUCAGGGUUGCCAGCGCUUCCUGGAAGUCCUGAAGCUCUCGCAGUGCAGUCCUGGCCCUUUACAACAGCACCCGGGAGCUGCUGGAGGAGAUGCAGGGGGAGAAGGAAGAAGGCUGCACUCAGGAAAACACCGAGUCGGAAUACUAUGCCAAAGAAAUCCAUAAAUUCGACAUGAUCCAGGGGCUGGCGGAGCACAAUGAGCUGGCCGUCUGCCCCAAAGGAAUUACCUCCAAGGUUUUCCGCUUCAACGUGUCCUCAGUGGAGAAAAAUGGAACCAACCUGUUCCGAGCAGAAUUCCGGGUCUUGCGGGUGCCCAACCCCAGUUCCAAGCGCAACGAGCAGAGGAUCGAGCUCUUCCAGAUACUUCGGCCGGAUGAGCACAUCGCCAAACAGCGCUAUAUUGGUGGCAAGAAUCUGCCCACGCGGGGCACAGCCGAGUGGCUGUCUUUUGAUGUCACUGACACUGUGCGUGAGUGGCUGUUGAGAAGAGAGUCCAACUUAGGUUUGGAAAUCAGCAUUCACUGUCCAUGUCACACCUUUCAGCCCAAUGGAGAUAUCCUGGAAAACAUUCAUGAGGUGAUGGAAAUCAAAUUCAAAGGUGUGGACAACGAGGACGAUCAUGGCCGUGGAGACCUGGGACGCCUCAAGAAGCAGAAGGACCACCACAGCCCUCAUCUCAUCCUGAUGAUGAUCCCCCCGCACCGGCUCGACGGCCCGGGCCAGGGGGGUCAGAGGAAGAAGCGGGCCCUGGACACCAACUACUGCUUCCGCAACUUGGAGGAGAACUGCUGUGUGCGCCCCCUCUACAUUGACUUCCGGCAGGAUCUGGGCUGGAAAUGGGUCCAUGAACCUAAGGGCUACUACGCCAACUUCUGCUCAGGCCCUUGCCCAUACCUCCGCAGCGCGGACACAACCCACAGCACGGUGCUGGGACUGUACAACACCCUGAACCCUGAAGCAUCUGCCUCGCCUUGCUGCGUGCCCCAGGACUUGGAGCCCCUGACCAUCCUGUACUAUGUCGGGAGGACCCCUAAGGUGGAACAGCUCUCCAACAUGGUGGUGAAGUCUUGUAAGUGUAGCUGAGACCCGCCCGCGACAGAGAGAGAGGAGAGAGAACUGCCGUGCCUGACUGCCCGCUCCUCGGGAAACAAAAGCAACAGACCUCACCUAGAGGCCCGGAGCCCACAACCUGCGGCUCCAGGCAAAUGGCUGAGAUGGAGGUUUCCUUCUGGAACAUUUCUCUUUCUUGCUGGCUCUGAGAAUCACUGUGGUAAAGAAAGUGUGUGUUGGGUUAGGGGAAGGCCGAACUCUUCAGAACACAGAUUUUCUGUGAUGAGACAGAGGUGGUGGGGAUAGAGGAAGGGGGAUGGCAAGUCGAUGUGUCGUGUGGCGAUGGGAUUUGGGCUACCCUGGGGAGGAGGAAGGGCAGAGAAUGGCCGGGUCGGGGCCAGACUGGAAGACACUUCGAUCUGAGGUCAGAUUUGCACAUUGCUGUACCACGUUUGCUCUAGGGAAUCUGGAUUAUGUUAUACAAAGCAAGCAUUUUUUUUUUCCAGAAAGGUUACCAAGAUAAAGUCCCAGAAUUGUAUCUCGUGCUACCUGCAAUUACGGGCAAAUCUUGUUAUUUUUGCAAAUUGUCCUCUCUACAUCAAUUAGCAGUAUGGGUCACCACAGGGAGAAAAUCCAGGUAAUGUGGUUCACUGGCCAUCAACUAUACUAGGCCUUAUGGAUAUGCUGAACUCAGAAGCAAAGAGUGAGAAUUAACCCCCUCCUGUCUGCCCUCUGGGUCCCUCCUCUCGCCUUCUUCCUGGAUCUUAUUUCCCCUGGACAUUUGGCUAGACGCCUUCCGGGUCAGGGUGCACAUGUCUGGAUUGUGGGUCCAUGCAGCCUCGGGGCAUUAUGUGUUCUCCCUCCCCCCGAGACCCUGUGUUCAUGUGGUGUUCCUGGAAGCAGGUGCUACAAUACGUGAGGCAUCCGGGGAAGCUGCACGUAUGCCACGCAAGACUUGGCCCAGAUGCACAGACUGAGGGAUGAAGACAAAUACAAAUAUUACUCUCAAAAUCUUUGUAUAAAUAAAUAUUUUUGGGGAAUCUUGGAUGAUUUCAUCUUCUGGAAGAUUGUUUCUAGAACAGUAAAAGCCUUAUUCUAAGGUGUA